AUGCAAGUCAAAAUCGUCACUUUCUUCUUGGCUGCUCUUUUGGCUUUCGCCUAUGCUGAAGAUGCUGCACCAGCUGCAGCAGCUUCUGCGGCUCCAGUGGCUGCUGAACAUGCAGCUGCAGCUGCAGCGAGUUCACCAGCUCCAGCUGUUGCCGCUGCUGCUGAUGUAAUUUUUUUCUAUUGAUUUUUUGGGAGUUGGUUGAAAAAUUGUGAUUUUAAUCGGAUAUUGACACAGAUUUUGGAGUUUUUGCGGUUUGAAACUGAACUUUGAGGGAAAAUUAUUAAAUCUGGACUUUUGGUUGAGAACUUUUUUGAUUAUUGCUAGAAAUCCUAAAAAUUUUUGAAGAUUUAUAGAAUUUUCAAGACAAAAUUUUGCCAUGUUUCGAGGUCAUUCAGUUUUUGAAAAACUCAAAAAUGCAGAGCUGAGACUCUGAAUUUCGAUAAAUUUUCAAUAUCAAAACCAAUUUUUCAAUUAAAAAUAUGUUUUUUCGAGGUUCAAACCAAUCUUAUAGCUGAAUUUUGAAAAUUCUACCUAGAACCCCCUCACAAUUCAAAAUUUCCCAAAAAUUCUCACAAUUCCAGGCGGCUGCUCCAUCAGAUGCUUCAUCCUCAUCAGCUCCAUCCGUCGAAACCACAACCAAAUCAUCAAUCGUCUCAAUCUACUCAAUCUUCACAAUUCUUGCUGCUCUUUUCUUCAGCGCCCACUUCUAA